UUGACGAUGGCAACUUCUCGUCCAUAGAGUUAUAUCAUAAAAGAACUGCUUGGGCAAUAAUUAGAAGCAAGACGGUAAGGAGAAGAGAAGCACCGAGAAAAUGAGUCUGCAAGUUGAAGUAAUCUCUCGAGAAAUGGUGAAACCAUCAUCUUCUACACCUCAACAUCUUCGCGAUUACCCUCUCUCCUUCAUCGACCAGAUAACUCCCCAAAUCAACAAUUCUAUGGUCUAUUUCUUCGAGGCCGAUGAUAAUGCCGCACACAAAUUGAGCAUCAACGAAGCUUCCGAUCUUCUCAAGAAAUCGUUAUCUCAUGUCUUAACUCACUUCUACCCACUCGCCGGAAGACUCAUCACCAAGAACUUACUCGUAGACUGCAACGACGAGGGUGUCCCUUACGUGGAAACGAGAGUCAGGUGCCAUCUCCGCCACAUCAUCGACAGCCCCUCUACUGCUGACGUCAGCAAGCUGCUUCCCUACGACAUGGAUGAAAUCGUCGACACCGUCCUAGGUGUCCAGUUCAACGUCUUUGAUUGCGGCGGAAUGGCAGUUGGUGUCAGUCUCUCCCACAAGAUUGCUGAUGCGAUGUCGUAUUUCCAGUUCAUCAAGAGCUGGGCAGCCAUGACACGUGGCGAACCAGAACCAAUCAGAACCCACUUUCAAUCCUCCUCACUCUUCCCUCCAAAAGACGUGUUUGGAUACGACCCGAAUUCACACAUCGGGCAACACAAAGUCGUUUGCAAGAGGUUCGUAUUUGAAGCAUCCGUAAUAGAAUCUCUGAGAACAAAAUAUUCCAAGAAGGUUCAAGAAGGCCAAAAACCACCUUCAAGGGUCGAAGUGUUAUCAACUUUCCUAUUGAACAGGUUCGCUGCUGCUACAAAAGAUCAUGAAGGGGGCAAUAAUAAGAUUCACUUGGUGACAUCUACAAUGAAUCUACGCCCAAGGAUGGAGCCUCCAUUGCCAGAAUAUGCGUUCGGGAACUAUUACUGGUAUGUUCAAACGUUUCCAACGUUGGACGGGAAAGGAGAGUGCAAUGACCUAGGAAGACAGCUACGAGAAGAGCUACGUAAAGUGGACAAUGAUUUUAUUGAGAGGCUUCGAGAAAGCAAAGAAUGGAACCCUAAUACAGAAGAGAUGGGCAGAGCAAUUGAGAAAGGAGAGUUGGUGCUAGUUACUUUCACUUCACUUUGUAGGUUUCCGGUGUACGAGCUUGAUUUUGGUUGGGGGAAUCCAGCGUGGAUCGGACCGCCUACGUGGAAAUUCAAGAAUGUGAUUGCUCUUAAAGACACCAAGUCUGGUGGUGGCAUUGAAGCUUAUGUCAACAUGACAGAGGAUGACAUGGCUAAAUUUGAACGGGACGAGGAAGUUCUUGCUCAUGCUUCUACCAAGUGGUUCAAAUAAUUAAUGUCACACCAAUGUUAUAAUCGUAUGUCUUGGGUUUUCUUUUUCUUUUUUUCCUUUAAUUGUUACCGUUCACGUACUGUGAUCUUGUCAAUUGUCUACCGUCAUAUGCGUUAUUGAAAGCUUAUCUUUUAAUCGCUGAAUUGAUUAGUGAAAGUUAGGGGUUUGCUUUUCUGAUUAAAAUAAAGAUUGCAAGUUGUUGAAUA